CAUUCAUUUGUUGUUGUGUUCGAAAGAACCAAUCCCAUGUUCUUGGUUUGUGUUUGUUUUUUAAUUUUCAAUAAGUUUCAAAAAUAAUUCUCAUCAUCAUCAUCAUGUGGAAUAUAUGUCGUGCACAAUGUCCGGCUUCGAUUGUACAACAAUCAUCGUCAAUAUUUGGUAUUUCGACUGUUGAUGAGAAUAAUAAAACAACGACGACCACCACCAGCGAUACAAAUCGACAGCAGCAGCAACAAUCAACAAACAAUAACGAAUCAUCAUUGUGGUCAAAAAAAUUUUCAAUAUCACGCCAUCUGGCCGAUAGUUUUCAUACAUUGAAUCUAGUUUCAUCAACACCAAUCGAUGAUCAAUUGAAAACAAUUUCAAGUAAUAAUCAUCGUUAUUCAAGAUUUGAUGAUAAUUCUACUAUCAAUCAUACACCGUUAUCGAUUGUAAACGAAUCGUGGAACGAUAAUAAUACAAAAUCAAUACAAAUUAUUGAUGAACAACCAAAUACAAACUUGGAUCCGAUCAUUGUGAAUCAACCGGAUAAAAAUCUUAAUAACAUGGAAAAUAAUAAUUCCUAUGUAAAUCGUCAAACUGAAUAUAGUCAUCAAUUUCGAUGGAAAUUACCAAUGAUUGAAACAAAACCAUUGCAACAAGAACCAAUGAUGAGUCAAUAUCAAUUAUCGUUUGGCCAACAGCAUCCAACAUCAUAUUCACAGCCAAAUAGUCUAACAAAUAGCUAUAAUAAUAAUAAUAAACAUGAUGAUGUUAUUUAUUCAGCUAGUGGUGAUCAUAUCAGACCACAAACAUCAUUCGCAUUAUCGUUUCGAGAUGUUGCUGUUCCAGGUAAUGCAGUACUUAAUAUGGCAAUUGUUGAACCAGAAAUAUUGAAGAAAUCAUCAUCUACAACGACAACAGCAACAAUAAGCAGUCAAAAUAGUCAACAACACCAACAACAACAAUCGGCAAUUAUUAGUACUAGAUCUCAACCACAAUCACCAACAUGCGAUGAUCCAACGAAAUCGGAAUAUCAUGCAAAAUUCAAGGAUUUUAAUGAAUAUGUUUAUGUUGAAGGUGAUGGUUUUAAAAAAGGUGAUCGUCUUAGCUUGAAAGCUCAACAAAUGGCACAAUCAUGGUUUAGUGAGGUAACUGAACGUUCACGUCAAGCAUGCAAAUAUCGUGCUCGAUCACGAAAUGGUGCCCAACCAGUUAAUCCAGAAUAUUCAUGGAAUGGUGUACAGGUUAAAGAUCGUAAUGAUCUUGCAGCAUUAGCAUUAGCUACAAGACUUGUAAUUGAACAGAAACGUUCCGAACGUAAUUCAUCACAGAAUACAUCACGUAGUGCAUCAGCUAAACCACAUUUACGUCAAUCGACGAUGAUGAUGAUGAAUUCAGCACCACCUAGUCUACAGGAUGAUCGUUCUAUUUCCAGUUCAAAACCAAGACCAGUAACACGAAAAUUAGUGACAAAACCCAAUACAACAGCAGCGAGUUCAACUACCAAACAAACAAAUGUUGAUCGAAUUAACAAUAACAACAAUUCAAAGGUUGUUUCAAGUAAAAUUAUUUCAGUGAAAAAACCACCACCACCACCAUCAUCAUCAACAACGACAGCAACUAAUCAACAAACAUCAUCAUCGACAGCAGUGGAUGGAUCGAAAAAAAUCUGGAUAAAACCGGUAAAAAAACCGCAACAGCAAACAAAUGAAUCAGCUGCUGAAUCAACAUCGAUUAAAACAAAACCAGCUAAUACUGGUUCAGCGGUCGCAACCACAGCAACUGAACCACAACAACAACAACAACAGCAGCAACGUGAAUUUGAUCCACAACCGAAGCAAGUACCAUUACAUACAACACAGAUAAAAUCACCUGAACAGAUAAGUGGUAUUAAAUCACCAUCACCGGAAUCAUGGAAAGUAACCAUUGAAAAAGGCGGUCUAAAUUGGGUUAACGGUGGACAAACAACAACACCAGCAAAUUUUCCGGACACACAAUCAUUAUUGCAACAACAACAGCAACAAAAUGAUCAAAUGGUACGACCAGUGCCAAUUAAUGGAAUAUCAGGUGUCUAAAAUCAAAGCAGUCGAAUCUUCACAUUCUUAUCCAUUUAUGAUUGAUUUAUUUUGACGAAAAUUAAAAAAAAUUAUUGAAAACA